AGCAGCAGCAGCAGCAGCAGCAGUAGUAGUAGUAGUAGUAGUAGUAGUAGUAGAAUUAGUAGUAACAGUAGUAGUAGAAGUAGUAGUAGUAGUAGUAGAAGUAGUAGUAGUAGUAGUAGUAGUAGUAGUAGUAGUAGUAGUAGUAGUAGUAGUAGUAGUAGUAGUAGUAGUAGUAGUAGUAGUAGUAGUAGUAGAAGCAGCAGUAGUAGUAGUAGUAGUAGUAGUAGUAGUAGAAGUAGUAGUAGUAGUAGUAGUAGUAGUAGUAGUAGUAGUAGAAGUAGUAGUAAAAGUAGUAGUAGUAGUAGUAGUAGUAGUAGUAGUAGUAGUAGUAGUAGUAGUAGUAGUAGUAGUAGUAGUAGUAGUAGAAGUAGUAGUAGUAGAAGUAGUAGUAGUAGUAAUAGUAGUAGUAGUAGUAGUAGUAGUAGUAGUAGUAGUAGUAGUAGUAGUAGUAGUAGAAGUAGUAGUAGUAGUAGUAGUAGUAGUAGUAGUAGUAGUAGUAGUAGUAGUAGUUGUAGUAGUAGUAGUAGCAGUAGUAGUAGUAGUAGUAGUAGUAGUAGUAGAAGUAGAAGUAGUAGCAUAAGUAGCAGUAAUAGUAGUAGUAGUAGUAGUAGUAGUAGUAGUAGUAGUAGUAGUAGUAGUAGUAGUAGUAGUAGUAGUAGUAGUAGAAGU